AACAAAGUGUCGGCUGCCCGGCGGAGCCGCCCGUCGCCGGUCCCGGACCCUCGUCCCCCCGUCCGCUCCGCCUGGGGCCACCCGCCAGCCGGCCGCCCGCCCACCAUGGCUUCUGAGGAGCUGUACGAGGUUGAAAGGAUUGUUGACAAAAGGAAAAACAAGAAGGGAAAGACUGAAUACCUGGUGCGGUGGAAAGGCUACGACAGUGAGGACGACACCUGGGAACCAGAGCAGCAUCUUGUGAACUGCGAGGAGUACAUCCAUGACUUCAACAGACGCCACACAGAGAAGCAGAAAGAAAGCAUACUAACCAGAACAAACAGGACCUCUCCAAACAAUGCUAGGAAGCAGAUUUCCAGAUCCACGAACAGCAGCUUUUCUAAGACCUCUCCUAAAUCACUUGUGAUUGGCAAAGACCAGGAGUCAAAAAACAGCCAGUUAUUUGCUGCCAGCCAGAAGUUCAGGAAAAACACAGCCCCAUCUCUCUCUAACCGGAAGAAUAUGGACCUAGCAAAAUCAGGUAUAAAGAUACUUGUGCCUAAGAGCCCCAUUAAGAGCAGGACAGCAGUGGAUGGCUUUCAGAAUGAGAGCCCUGAGAAACUGGAUCCCAUAGAGCAGGGUCAGGAGGACACGGUGACCCCAGAAGUGGCUGCGGAGAAGCCGGUCGGAGCUCUUUUGGGCCCUGGUGCAGAGAGAGCUAGAAUGGGAAGCCGGCCUCGGAUACACCCACUAGUGCCUCAGGCGUCUGGCCCAGUGACAGCUGCUAUGGCCACGGGACUCGCAGUUAACGGAAAAGGAGUGACAGCCGGGAAAAGGAAAUUUAUUGACGACAGAAGAGACCAGCCUUUUGACAAGCGGUUGCGUUUCAGUGUGAGGCAAACAGAAAGUGCCUACAGAUACAGAGAUAUUGUCGUCAGGAAGCAGGAUGGUUUCACCCACAUCUUGUUGUCAACAAAAUCAUCAGAGAAUAAUUCACUAAAUCCAGAGGUGAUGAAGGAAGUCCAGAGUGCGCUGAACACAGCUGCUGCUGACGACAGCAAGCUGGUGCUGCUUAGCGCCGUGGGCAGCGUCUUCUGUUGCGGUCUCGACUUUAUUUAUUUUAUACGGCGCUUAACAGAUGAUAGAAAAAGAGAAAGCACUAAGAUGGCAGAAGCUAUCAGAAACUUUGUGAAUACUUUUAUUCAGUUUAAGAAGCCUAUUAUUGUAGCAGUAAAUGGCCCUGCCAUUGGACUAGGAGCAUCUAUAUUGCCUCUUUGUGAUGUGGUCUGGGCUAAUGAGAAAGCCUGGUUUCAAACACCCUAUACCACCUUCGGACAGAGUCCAGAUGGCUGUUCCACCGUUAUGUUUCCCAAGAUUAUGGGAGGAGCGUCUGCAAAUGAAAUGUUGCUCAGUGGACGGAAGCUGACUGCGCAGGAGGCAUGUGGCAAGGGACUGGUCUCCCAGGUGUUUUGGCCAGGGACAUUCACACAGGAAGUGAUGGUUCGAAUUAAGGAACUUGCCUCAUGUAAUCCAGUUGUGCUUGAGGAGUCCAAAGCCCUUGUGCGUUGUAACAUGAAGAUGGAGCUGGAACAGGCGAACGAGAGGGAGUGUGAAGUGCUGAAGAAAAUCUGGGGCUCAGCCCAAGGGAUGGACUCCAUGUUGAAAUACCUGCAGAGGAAGAUCGAUGAGUUCUGACUGUCAGAGUGCCUAAUGAACGACACUGGAACUAUUUGUUGCAGGACGUCCGCGGCUCCACGUCGCCCUACUCCACCCUCACAGCCUGAAAUAAGUUUACCCAUAACUCACGCUUGGAACCAGGACUAGGAACCUCCAAGCUAUUUAUUAUCAAGGAGUUUUUAAGUACUGUAACUUUACAAUAAAUAACUACAAAGCUCCUUUGUCCAAACGUCAUUGUUUUAUACUUCAUGUACACACAAGUAUGAAAGUGUAAUGGUGAGCACUACACUGCUCCUCAAAGCUCUCGUUUCUGUUAUCUUUGGCUAGUACUGUAUAAAAAGGAAAAGAAUUGUGUUUUGCUGUUUUUGGGUGGCAGGAAAGUCUGGAAUAAUGUCAUUUCCCCUCAUUUUUUCCUUCUAGAGCACAGAAUCUAAAGGGUGUUAGCCAGCGUCACCUUCCCUGCUCCAGAUAACGAUAAAGAUUGAUCUGAGACGUUGCCUUUGUCUCCGGGAAGGUACACAUACCUCAGAGAUGGAAAAUUCUAAAUCAAAAAUAAGGCUUCUCUUUUAGGAUGACUUUCUGAUGAAAAGUUCCCGAUGAGCAUACCCAAACUAAAUGUCCACUUAGGGUCUAUGCUAAGACAUCAACUGGUCCCCUUCCUUUUUUAAUAUAUCAGUUCUUACCCAGUUAACAUGAAGAAACCACUGUCUCUCUAGAAGAAAGCUUGUUUUGCAGUAUUAGUGAAUCACUGAAUAGCUUAAGUAUGAAUAUCUAAGUUAUAAGUUAGACUUAGUGGGUUUUAAAUAAUUAGUUUUUUGACCCUUUUGAAAAAUAACUACAUAAAUGCUUCUUGUUGCUGGGUGAGAAAUACUACUUUAUAUAUAGUUUUGGUUUUCUAUUUGCAGAUAUAAUUGAUGUAUUACACCAAAAAGAAGUAUUUUUAUGUUUAUAAUGUGUAAUUUUUAGGUUCACUUAGAAUAUAUUUUAUUUAAUAAGUUAAAAUUCUUUUGGCACACUAUUAAAUGCAGAAACUCCUUUAAAAAAAAAACUACCUUAUAUUAGACAUUUAAUGUUUUUUGUCUACGCUUUUAUGUCUGCACAAUAUACUGACUACAGUAUGGUGUCCAAGAGUGCCCUGUGUACAUAGACAUUUUGCCUUCCUUCCGGGAGGGUGCUGAUUCCUGACUACAGAUGCCUUUUAUUAGUUAGGCUUCUGAGCUUGCAAUCAUAUUGAAUGUAUGAAGAAUGAAAUAAAAUCAAACCUUAUUUUUGUAUAGUUUUGGAGUUUAUACUUAGAGCUGACCACCUCCCGACGGCAUGGAGAGCUGUACAGUGUGUAAAUCUACCUUUGCCUUGGGAUUUGAUUGGUACAGUAUUUUUGCAUCUGUGGGACCUACUUUUUUGUUCAGUAGUUUGAACUAUAUAUAAACUGUACAAUCUGUAAAGUUUUUAUAGAAUAAAUAUUCAGCUGUGAAAACUGGUUAAAUAAAACUAAUAUUUCUUAACACAUUUCAAAUGUUUAGUAAUUCUUUACUUCUGAGAUCUCUUCAUGAGGUGUUUUGUCUAAUUUUUUUGUGAAAUAUGUGGAUAAAACAUUUGUACAGCUUUAAGAUUAUUGAGACAAACACCUGUGUAACUACCAGCUGGGAAGAAAUAGUACCCUCCCGAGUCACCUCUACCAUGGCCCUCCUCACCAGGUUACCAUUUCCUGCAUUUUGUGUUCACCUUCCCCUUCUCUUUAUUGUGUUAACACCUGUGAAGAUACUCCUAAAAUACUAUUUAGUUCUGCUUAUUUUUGAACUUCAUAUUCUGUCACCUAUGAAUUUCUGUAGUUUGCGUCUUCAGUAUUAUGUUUAAGAGAUUUAUCUGUGUUAAGUAGAGUUGUACCCUGUUUCUUCUCUACCCAAACCUACCAUGUAGAUAUUUUUAUCCCUGUUUUUACAGAUAAGUAACCUGAAAUGGAGCCC